GUCUCGGUGACUUAGCGACACCGAAAGCUGCAGCAGCGGUCUCUCUGUGUCCCGGAACUCUGCAGCCGUAGCGGCUCUGAUUAUUUUACCAUCGGGGUUUGGUCCGACAUGGCGGGGAACGGAUGGAAAUACUGAUGACAGUCCGAAAGUUCGCCUCGAUUUGUACGAUGGGCGCCAAUGCCUCUGCCUUGGAAAAGGAGAUUGGACCGGAGCAGUUUCCUGUUAACGAACACUACUUUGGAUUGGUUAAUUUUGGCAACACCUGCUACUGUAACUCGGUGCUGCAGGCUCUGUACUUCUGUCGGCCGUUCAGGGAGAAAGUGCUGGCAUACAAGGUCCAGCCUCGGCGGAAAGAGUCCCUCCUCACCUGCCUGGCGGAUCUGUUCAACAGCAUCGCCACGCAGAAGAAGAAAGUCGGAGUCAUUCCUCCAAAGAAGUUCAUCUCACGGCUGAGAAAGGAAAACGAGUUGUUUGAUAACUACAUGCAGCAGGACGCCCACGAAUUCCUCAACUACCUCCUCAACACCAUCGCAGACCUUCUCCAGGAGGAGAAGAGCCAGGAGAGGCAGCAGAAUGGAAAACUCGUACUGAAUGGAAGCGGAGGAGGAAGUGAGGUGGGAGGAAGUGAAGGGGAAGGAGGGAAGGAAACACAGCAGACCUGGGUCCAUGAGAUCUUCCAAGGAACGCUGACCAAUGAGACGCGCUGCCUUAAUUGUGAAGCUGUGAGCAGUAAGGACGAGGACUUCCUGGAUCUGUCAGUGGACGUGGAGCAGAACACGUCCAUCACUCACUGUCUCAGAGGCUUCAGCAACACAGAGACGCUAUGCAGUGAAUACAAAUAUUACUGUGAGCAGUGUCGCAGCAAACAGGAGGCCCAGAAAAGGAUGAGGGUCAAGAAGCUGCCCAUGAUCCUUGCUCUCCACCUGAAGCGCUUCAAAUACAUGGACCAACUGCACCGCUACACCAAACUCUCCUAUCGUGUAGUUUUUCCUCUGGAGCUCCGCCUUUUCAACACGUCAGGGGACGCCACCAACACCGACCGCAUGUAUGACCUGGUUGCCGUCGUCGUACACUGUGGCAGUGGGCCCAACCGUGGACACUACAUCACUAUUGUCAAAAGCCACGGCUUCUGGCUGCUGUUUGAUGACGACAUCGUAGAGAAAAUUGACGCCCAGGCCAUCGAAGAGUUCUACGGUCUGACGUCGGAUAUUUCCAAGAACUCCGAGUCUGGAUACAUCCUGUUCUACCAGUCCAGAGACUGAAGCAGACAGAUGUCGCAACAGACUGUCAACCCAACCGUGGCUGCGUUCAGUACGCCCAGCCUUCAUCACCUGUAGGGCGGAGCUUUAUACUGGGGCACCAUUUUGGACAGGUAGAGACGCGCGUGGGUUGCAUGGCAGCCUCCUGGAUUUCAAAUCCUUUGAGUCCACACUGAAACAAGCACCUUAACUAUAAAACACUGACCUAUUCUGCAACACCCGCUUUGCACUGUGGCAUCAGGAAGGAGGACUGGGGCAUCGCUGUACGCUCAGCGAUGAAGGUAACGUCUGACGAGAGCCGUGAACCAUGACAGACGCGUACGGCAGCUGGUGUCAGAAGAUCCUGGUGUUAUCGCUGACCUCGGUAGAUCUUUUCCUAAUUUACAGCAACGAUUAAAGCUUUUCUUACCUUUAACACCAUUCACGUGUUCACCCUUCACGAAUCUUAUGUUUUAUGUUUAUUUAUUUGGCAGACGCUUUUAUCCAAAGCGACUUACAAUUUAUAACCUAUAGGGCAUGUUGUGAUCUGUGGGGGAAUCCGGCGUACCCGGAGGAAACCCACGCAUGCAUGGGGAGAACACCCAACUCCACGCAGAAAGGCCGCAGCCGAGUUUUGAACCUGCGACCUUCGUGCUGCGAGGCAACAGUGCUAACCACUGCGCCACCAUGCAGCCCAACAGCACUCGUCACCACUGACAUCGCCUUUAGAGGUCGGAGCGUUUGAAUGUGCACCCUGAGCACGUGCAGAGCGGUAGAUCGGUGUUCAUAUUUCACCGUUUGGUGUUAGGGGUUACAGUGUUAAAGUCAGAGCGUGGAAUGAGUCCGAUCGGUCUGAUCUCAGGCCGAUGGGCACAGCGGCGUGUUAGUAACGGAUGAUAUAAAAUAAACAGUGAAUCUUUAUUUCAAAAAUAAAAAUGAAGGAAACUGACCAACAAUUCUUUUUGCUUUAUCGCCCAAGUUUUACAAUGUUUUAGUUGAAGCCACCAGAUCAUAUAAAGUGAAGUGAAGUUGAAGUGCUUCUGAUCAGCCGUACCUGGUGGCGUGCAUAAGGAAACACUCCAGACACUGAACUGGAUCAAGAACAAGUCUGACAACAGAAUAAGCUAACUCUUUUUUUUUUGUGGUUUUGAACUCAGAUGUGUACAACCUAGUCCAAAGAGCAAACGCACAUGUUGAUUUCUUAUUCCUAACACCCAGACGGUCUGUUGGAUCCUGUCAGAUUUUAGCUUCAAGUGUUUCUCCGGCAGCUGCAGCUCUGGAACCCGAUCAGAUCUUUUCUGUAACGUGUUUUUCUCAGAAUUAUAAACAGCAGCUCUGGCUGAGGCUGAGCGAUGCUAACAGUCUGCUUUUGUGAUGAUGCCACUCACUCUUCUCAGUUUAUCUUAAAAUCUUCUUAAGCUCUAAAUACAAACAUUUAGUGACGUUAAAUUUCACGGCUUCUCAGUUGUAGUUCAGUUAUUUUCCUUGUCUUUUUAUGAGGAUUUGCUUUCAUAUCAGCUGGUAAACUCUUUGUGCGGGUUUACCAUCAGGACACAUGGUCAGCAGGUCACAGAGGUCAUAAAUGUGACAUGUGGUGACCUCUGUUACACUAUUAGUUAGGUGUUGAUACCCAGGAUGUUAAUCAAACCCCCACAUCAAUGGUCACUGUUGUUGUUUUCGUUGUGCACAAGUUAAGAAGUGCAACAUUUAACUGGAAAAUCACUUUGCUACAAUGUCAGAGAUUCUCGUGUUAAAUAACAAAAAUCACCUCCGAAUAUCAGAAUCAUAGGGAACACUUUACAAUAAGUGUCCCUUUAUUAGCCUUAAUUAGUGCAUUAUUAAGCAAUAAUAAACAAAGGGUCCCUUUAUUAACAUUUAUGAUAAUGUUAACUAUUAAAUCAUUCACUGCCAGCGUUUCUCACCGUUUUUACUGUUUUUUUAGGAGUCACUGAACGUUGCGCGCUAGGAUGAUGUCAACACCAAAACCACCAAAACAAAGCAGAGACUCACCUCUUACAACUGAAAGAAUCCGCGUGUUUCGAGCGUUAUCUGUUCUUUCAUAAUCCGUUGUUGAAUUGUGAUCGGCAGAAGUUUUUCCGGUUCAUGCCUCCCUUUUUUUACAGCAGCGACCAAAACGAUCUCCUAACACAUGGAUGUUCUGCUUCCUGAUCACGUGACGUGUGACGUAUGCGAACGAAGAUCGGCUUUAGAGCUUAGAUGUUUGUUCUCAUAGUGUGGGGGCUCGUUCUGACGCCCACACAGUAAAAAAAUGCAAUUGACAGUGAACAUUUGGAUUUAAAAUGAUGACAUUUGUCGUCAAUGGCAGUGAAUGAGUUAAUAAAGUAAUGGUAAUAAAGGGACAUUUAUUGUUGAGUGUUAGCGAAACAUCUGUGUUGAUUAUCAAAAAUAAGGGAUGUCCGUUCAGAGCUAGCUCCAAGUUUGAAAGCCAAUAUCUGUCCAACGUGAAAAAUAACGAGGGAAAUGUGCUCCAAUAGCUAAGAUUAGUUUGUUCCAACCAUCCAUUACAACUAACAUCUCUAAUCUAAAAUGCACAUAUUUAGAAAAACUAAAACAUCUUCUUAAAGUCUCUGAUUUUCGUCUCCUCAUUUUUCACUGGUCUCCAAAUCCUAAGAGUCCCGCGUUACUGCGUCCAACUUUAGUUUUAAUAAAAUCUUGGUUAUUUGAAAGUUCUCAACAUUUGUGACAAAUAGAUGAAAAAGUGCCAGAAAUACAAGAUAAUUUAGGUGGGUUCAGACAGCUUGCGACUAAAUUGCAACAAGAACUUCAUGAAAUUGUCUCUAAUGCAUGCAGUUGAGUUUCGACACAUACAAAAGUAACAUAUUUUUAAACACUAGUCACAAUGUGAUAAAUGCCAACAGAAUAUGAUUUGAUUUGAAAGUUUGUGUUUCCAACAAGUUGUCAGUAGUGGCAGAGAAGUGAGAUUAAACCAUUUUAUCAGGAUUUUCUGUCAUCCAGGGAUUCCUAGAAAUUUAGAAAAAUCGUAGCAGAACUUUUUAAUUGUCUAAUCUGAGGAGCUUGCUCUCUCCUAACAGAAAACUGCAGAGUAACAAGCUUUUAAACUGUAACCAGAGCUUCGACAAAGGGGCAAUAUGUAAGAAUUAUACCGUUAAAUAAUCACAGAACAGUCUCAUGUAUUAAUCAUGUUGGAGGGAAGGUUGGAGGGUUUUCAGUUUUCUCUUUUCAAAAAAAUAAUAAAGAGGGACAUAGCUCAGUGGCCUAGAGGUAUGAGUGUCCGCCCUGGGAGAUCAGGGUUCAAGUCUCGGUCGGAUCAUACCAAAGACUUUGACAAAAUGGGACCCAACGCCUCCCUGCUUGACGCUCAGCAUUAAGGGGUUGGAUUGGGCGGUUAAACCACCAAAUGGUUCCCGAGCGCGGCUGUGUCUGCAGCUCACCACUCCCCCAGGAGAUGGGUCAAAUACGGAGAACAAAACUAAUGAGAUUUUAAGUUCAGUGUACUUUGUGAGGUUGUGCAGGUAAAAAACUCAAGAGUUGUUUAAAGAACCAAAGCCAGUAAACAGGAGCGACCCAGAAAUUAUUUCUUGUACCCCUAAGAACCCAUGCCGUCCCUUAGUUUUACUCUAAAAUCAAGUGAAGCGGGCUAGAGUCUAAUGUUGAGCUCACAAUGCAAACGAUGAACUAGAAGCACAUAGUCGGCUCUCAAUCUACUUUUUCAUUGACCAACGACUCGAUAUUACAGUGAAAAUGUAUGGGAAGUGAAUUAUGACUCAAGCGUGGCGUUUUACUUCCUUUAAGGGGUCAUUCAGAACUAUAAGCUAACAAGAAGAUGGGAAACAACUACACUUCCUCCAAGACUGGAUAAAUAUUACUGUAAUAAGUGUAGUAAGUGCUCCCUACCAAAAAAAUACACCCAGGAGUGCUAUCACCAGCUGUGUGUGUCUCGUCUUCACUAGUUAUCUAGAAUCUUCUAGUGCUGAUCUCUAGCUGGCAACAGUCAUGAAACUCACCGAACAGGAGUGAGAAAGGGACUUGUUGCUUAGGAAAAUAGACUGCAGUAAGGAAAUUUGACCACACAUAAUCACUCUUACUUCAUUUUUACACAUUGUACCUUAAAUGCAAGCUAGUUUAGAAACCACUCAUUUGAUUCUCCCCUCUGAAAAUAUUUAGUGUAGAGUAUUUUGGGAACAUAGAAGGUGUAGACAGCCACUGAAGUGUCUGGGGUUUUAGAUUCAGAACCACAAACCUCCUCAACUAACAUGAAACCGGGUAAAAUUUCUUACGUUUAAACACAAAGUGAGCCAAGGACUGUGCUCGCAUUAAUGAAGCUCUUACUGUAGCUUAACGGGUUGACCUGUAAUCCCUUAUAAACCAAAUGAAUACUAGGAUUUGUGGGUUUUUCACUGCCGUACUUGAACACAUUUGUUGUUUUUCAUUUUUUACUGAACUUCUUUUAACACUGCCAAACUUACGAGACUCCACCCGCUAGGGCUGUUCCUGAUUAACCAACAAGCUCACCUCUGUAGGCUACUUCUUCCAACCUAUGGGAAGUAAAUGAAAAGCUGCUGCCUUCACUGUGUGUACGGUGAUUGUGUAGCACGGCAGACGAGUGUUCGGAAAAAGGAUCGUCUGAACACUGAUGUACAACAAAAUGAAAACGGCUACAUUUUCUCUUUUAGGCGUAAAUCCAACACAACACUAGCUCCUCUCCUGCUCUCUGUCACUCCACUUUAAGGAAGUUCAAUAAGGUUGAACGUGCUUUGGAAAGUUUUUGUUCUCAGCAAAUUGUUAGAAAGAACCCAGGAAGACUUGAAAUAGAAUCAGUGGACUUGUUUUCAUACAAGUGAAGUUUAUAUUUUAGGGUUUUUAUUAAUGAUUAAUUCUUAAAAAGUCACACAAAGGAGAAAACGGCUAACGUUUUCAAAACAAUGUUGUUUUUGAUUGUUUUUAUUUAAACCGUAAUGUAUUUAACAUUAUUCUGAAUGUUUGUUUUUAACGCUCCGCCUGUUUUUGAUAUAUUUGACUAAAUGGCACCAGCCUACCAUUUCUGUGUAGUCUGGGUUUCUUUUCACCUUUGUUUUGAUUUAAACUUGGGUGUGUGUAAUGAAGUAUGUUGAUGUGUACAUAUAUACAGAUAUUUACAGAUUAUUAUUAAUAUUGGGAUAUAACUAAGUGCUUGCUUGAAAUAAACAGCAGACCGACAUCAGACGUGGUGAUCUGUUAGGUUUCAAGCGUUCACCGGCUGCUUGGAGAGUGACGCAGUGCAGAAACAUCUGUUACUGUGAUGAAUGUGUUUUUAAGAAAAACCCUGCUCUCGAGUACAUAAAAAAUUUUGGAAAAAAAAACUGCUGGUGUUUCUGUUUUUUGGUGAAAAUAAAAUUUUUAUUUGA